AGGGAAAGUGGAACGCUGUGAGAGUCCAGGACUCAGCGCUAUGCUUCCCAGACGCCCGGAAGGCCCUAGUGAAGAAACUGCUCGCAAGGAUCGAGAGCCUGCGGGAGUUGGGGCUGUUGCCCGAGGCCGCCGAGAUGCGGCUAGCGACUGGAUGGACGCCACGUGGGGCUACUAGAGGGUGGUUCCGGGAGCACUCGUCCUGGAUCAUUGCCUUUCUCCAUCUGCACACAUGCAGGCCAAGCUGGACCACUCGGAGGUGCUGGAGCUGAAGGCGCGCGCGAAUUGAGCUCUAAGCCCUAGGCAAGAUCAAGAGGAAAAGCAGCUAACAGUACCUUAUAUCAGCUUCUUCAAAGUCGAUAAAGACUGGAGGAAAAACAACUGGAAAAGCUGUACUCAUGUGGCCACACAUGUGAACUAUCUGGAAAGAUACCAAAGGACAACCUUUACUUGAGGUAAAAGGCAAGUUAAAGGCAUUUGCCUUCAUGUAAAUGUAGCAGGUGCAUGCACUCCCCACGGAGGCCAGAAGACGGUGUUAUAUCCACCGCAACUGGAUUUACAGAUGGUUGUGAGCUGCCAUAUAGGUGCCAGGAACUGAACCUAGGUCCUCUGCAAAAGCACCUAGUGCUCAUAAACUGAGCCAUCUCUCCAUCCCUGGAUUUUUUUUAACUAGAGCUUACAGCUAAGAGUUUGCCUGAAACUUUGAAUUUUACAGACUUGGAUCUCCUCAUACUCAUGUUGAGAAUAUUAAGACUAUGGGUGUUUUUGAAGUUGGACUGAAUAUAUUUGUAUUAUGAGAUAGCCAUGAGCCUACGAAGGAACACUACAGUCUGAAUAUAAGGUUCAUGUGUUGGACCAGUUGGCCCCCAGCUUGUGGUGCUGUUUGGAGAGGUUUCCAAACUCUGAGAAGGUGGAGCUGAGCCCAUGAAGUCCAUCACUGGAGGCAGGUCUGGAGAGUUAUAGCCUGGACCUGCUUCCAUUUCAUCUCUGCUACCUAGCCCAAGUUAUGCAUCAACAAGCUGCUAUGCACUGUUGUUGCUGCCACGGAUGGAGGCCCCCCCGCUGCCAUGGAUGGACCCCCCGCUGCCGUGGAUGGAGCCCCCGCUUCAAUGCCUUCCCUCCCAGGAUCAACUGUAUCUCCUCAAACUAGUGAAAUACAUGCUCAAAAUGUUAAGUUCUAUUUUCAAGUGCAUGGGGAACAAAACCAAGUGCCUGCUAGAAAAGUGAACAUGCAUGUUGAGAAUUCUCAGGUGUACAAGAGUGCAGAAGUCGACAGAAACAAAUUUAGUGGUUUCUGCAACAUGAGUUUUGACUCCUCGGCAGUUGCUCAGGCUCACUAUGUGGGAAAGAGCCAUCCGCAAGAUCAGAAGCAAUUACUGGAAGAUCAUGAUAGAGUAGCUCCAUCAGGAUGUCAACCAAAGAUGGAUAAACCCAAUACUACUUCAGCAGCACCAACCUUCCUCAAGUCCGUUAUUGUGAAGCCUCCUCCAGCAUAUAGAAUGAGAACCUAUGUAUGCCAUAUCUGCAGUAUCACCUUUACGUCUUUACAUAUGUUCCGGUCCCACAUGCAAGGAAGCGAACAUCAAAUUAAAGAAUCUCAUGUUAUCAGUCAAGCGAAGAAUUCAAAGAAGAUGCAAGAGUCUUACCAAGGUGAAUGUGCAGAUUACAUCAAAGUGAAGAAACCUAGAGAACUAGAGCCCAGGGCUCAUUUCAGGAAGAUGGAGGACAAUUACUUGGAAGUCCAUGGAUACAGAGAUAUGGUUGAUUCCAGACCCAGACAUAAAAUGCUUGAACAAAAACUUCCACUUGAAAAUUUCUGGACACAACCAGGACCAUACAAUAAUUCUCGAGCGGUAGAAGACCAGUUACCUCAUUGUUUACCAGCACAGUCAAAAACAUAUGACUCUUUCCAGGACGAGCUUGAAGAUUACAUCAAAGGGCAGAAGGCCAGAGGGCUCGAUCCCAAUAUUAGUUUUAGACGGAUAACAGAAAACUAUAGGUGUAGAGAUCAGAAAUACAGAGAAAGGUUUGAUCCUGGACACAGACCAAGGAUGUGUGAGGAAAGAUUUUCAUCUGAGUGUCCACAGACCUACCAGCGACAAUACAAUGGUUCGCCAGUGGAAGGCCAGUUACCUCACUGGUUACCACCUCAUUCAAAGAAGAGAAGUGAUGAUUUCCAAACUGAGUUUGAUGAUUACAACAAGGUGCAGGAAUCUAGAGAACUGAAGCCAAAGACUUCUUUUAGAAGAAUUGAUAGUGCUAUUGAAACCCAUAAUUACAGAGAAAUGGUUGACAGACGAUCCAAGCAUAGAAUGUUUGAGCAAAGAUUCCCGUGUGAGACUUUCCAGACUUACACAGAUCCACACAACAGUUCCCAUGCUGUAGAAAACAAGUUACCUCAUUUACCAGCAUAUGAGAGCCAGCAGAGCCUAGACUCUGACAGCUACUAUCAGUUCACGAGAGAUUGUUUUUCAGAAAAAUCUGUUCCCCUGAGCCUUAGUCAGCAAGAAAGUAGCCCUGGCUCACACAGUGUAGAGUAUGACAUUUACAAGCAGCAGCCCUCCUAUGACAAUGCCAGUGCCCAUGAAACAAGUCAUAAAAAACGACAUCAGAAGAGAAGGCGACACCUGGAGGAAGGGAAAGAAAGGUCAGAGAAGGAACAACCCAAGCAUAAAAGGAAAAGGAGCUGUCAGGAUAAAGAUUUAGACCAAGACAAGAGCACUGAGCAAACUAAAGGAGAGGAAGAUAAAGCUGGAGUCAGCUCUGAGAAAAUCAAGCAUCGAAAAAAGAAAAGGAAACAUGAAGCAGCAUCGGAGAAGGAGGAACGUAAGCACAAGAAGGAGAAAAAGAAAUCUGUUGAAGAAAGAACAGAAGAGGAAAUCCUUUGGGAUGAGUCUAUUCUUGGGUUCUGAACUUGUAGGAUACCCAGGAAUGGCAAAAAGAAAAUAAUGCUGAUUUAGAUAAAGAUGGGAAUAACUGGUGAAGUCAAGGAAACGUAGGCAAAACCUUCGGGGAUUUUUUUGUUUGCAAAAAUAGAAAUCGAACAUGAAAAACACAAGACAUCUAAAUCCAGUCUUUAAGGAAAUGUUUUGAGGUAAACCUACUCAAGGAUUUUGAACUUUUAAUUUUACUUACAGAAGAGUGAGUUGAGAAAAUCAGUGGGAAAUAUUCUGAGGAAAUUUAGAUAAAAAUCAAGCACUUCAAAGGAGGAGAAUUGAUAAAAAACCAGUGUCAGUUAUGAAGAGUCUCUCUCUCUCUCUCUCUCUCUCUCUCUCUCUCUCUCUCUCUCUCUCUCUCUCUCUGUAUGUGUGUGUGUCCUCUGCUCUGCUCUCCUCUCUCAUCUGCUUUCCUCCCUCACUCUUUCUGUCACUUCCUGCUUUCAAAAUGUAAUUAAAAGAAGAACCACAAAGUCUAAACCUAGCCUUCAAGAAACAAGAACAUAAUACUAAGAAGGAUGGGAGAAGAAGAAACCUACUGAAGAAAAUUCAGAAGAUUAAGUGCUUUCUAAUUUUCAGUUUUGUUCCCUUAAGGAUAAAGAAAGGUUGAAAACUUUUGGUUUCAUGAUAUUUGUGUUAUUUGUGUAUUUGUACAUGUGUAAAGUUAUUGCUAACAAAAGCCACAUGAGGUAAAAAUAUUCAAUAUGCUUUUUAAAGUUAAUUUCUCUGAUUUUUUAAGAAAGAAAAUGUAUUCUAUUGCUUAUAUAUAAUAUGGUUUUCUUAAGUAGAGGUGUUUCUACUUUGUCCAUCAAGUUGCAAUGAAAGUGAAUUGUUUGCUCAUGGAAAUAAUGUACUUAACGGUGAAUUACACAGCAGUCUACAGCCAUACCACCCUGAAUUUCCCCAGUCUUGUUUGAUUUUGGAAGAAUGGUCAGACCUGUGGGAGACCAGACUUCACAGAAUCUAUUCCUUUUAGAAUUUGUGUUAGUAUUGGUGGUAUUUUACUACUGUUGUGUGUUAAUGUUUCUGUUUUCUCCAAUGAAAAUGAAUGAAGCAACUUAGACCUUUUUUGUUAAAUCUAAUUUGCAGUGUAUUUUUGUAUUUUCUAGUUCUGAAAGUGGAAAAUUAGUGUAUAAUAAAUUAGAUGAUAUAUACUUUUAAAAUGUUCUCCAAAGGGCUGAUAGAAAUCGGUCUAUAUUCUGAAAAAAUGUUUAUAUUAAAGUGUUUUAAUUUCUAAA